AUGGCUCACCCAUCCUGGAAUCAGCAACCAUUGGCAGAAGACGACUACGAUGACGAUGAUCUUUCUUCGUACGAUGACUCAGAGGAGGAAGACAUGCCUUUGCAGAUCAGUAGUUGGGGCACGCAAAAGGUCAAUGACAGUGGAACCACCGAAGUGAACCUCACGAUGGAAGGUUGGAAGUCGCUUAUUGAUCCCAAUGCCAAGAUCGGUCCUAAUGGUAUUGGUACUGGCAACUUGCAUCGACGUGGAGCCAACUUUAAGCCUGUGGACGAGGAAAACAUCUUGAAUCAUCGUCUUAAAAAGGGGCCUAUUCAACCCAAGGCACCAGGAUCAAAGAAGAAAAAGAAAAAGGCACCAACGCCUAGGCCAACACCACCCCCAUCAGCACGUGGUAGAGGAGGAUAUGGAGGAAGAGUUCCUAGACCACCACCAUCAACUACACGACCACCACCUUCUGGAAUGUCUGGAACAGGUUGGGGAUCUGGUCAAUUGGCUGAAACACCUUUCUGGGAACAACCUGCAAGAGCGCAACAGCCACCACCACAACCACAACAACCGCAACCAAGCAACAAUUGGCAAGCACCAAGUAGUGGAGCAGCAGCAUCCAAGUAUGCAACGGGUGCUUCAGCAUCAAAAUAUGCCCCACAACCUACACCACCAACAUCGACAGGUUCUGCAGCAUCUCGUUAUGCCACUCCUACAGGAUCAAGUGCAUCCAAAUAUGCUACACCCACACCUCAAUUAUCACAACCACCAUCUGCAUCUUCUUCGACUACCUCCUUCUCAUCUCCUGCUACGGGUGCUGCAGCUUCAAAAUAUGCUACGGGUGCAGCAGCUUCGAAGUAUGCUCCUCAACAACAACAACAAGUACCACCCACUAUUCCUCCUCCUCCACCACCAGCUCCUCUUGAACGUAAACCCAUCCUUACUUUCAACAUUGAACUCGUCCCAGGUGUAUCUGCUCCUCUUAACGUAUACGAGUCGAGUGAUCCUAGAGAUGUCGUCGACACUUUUGAACGUGAACAUCAUUUGACCAUGACACCCGAAGCUAAACAAGCCUUUGCUACCCAUGUUGCCGCCUUUGUUCAAGCUGCUCACGCUAAUAAGAAUGCCAUGAUGAUGCAAUAA